AUGCCUGUAUCGGUGCAGGAGGCGCGAACGGUACGGCUGGUGAUUCUAGGCGCCGCAAGGGUCGGGAAGACGGCGCUGAUCCGCCGGUUCUUGCACGACCAUUUCGAGCCCCGUCACACGUGCACCGUGGAGGAGCUGCAUCUCCUGGAGUGUGGCACGGAGAGCGGCGCCAGAGUGCGGCUCCAGAUCCUGGACACCAGCGGCAGCUACUCGUUCCCGGCCAUGCGGGCGCUGAGCAUCCGCGGCGGCGACGCCUUUGCGCUCGUGUACUCCGCCGACGAGCCGGACACGCUCACGGAGGUGCGGCGACUUCGCCAGGAGAUUCUGGAAGUCCGAGGAGAGAGGUUCACUCCCCUCACCGUGGUGGCGAACAAGGCGGACCUGAAGGAGAGCGCCCACGGUGUCACGUCCCUGGUAGAAGAGGACCUGAAGGAGAGCGCCCGCGGUGUCACGUCCCUGGUAGAAGAGGAGUGGAGCGCGGGGUUCGUGGAGGCCUCCGCGCGCACAGGGGAGAAUGUGCUCGCGGUUUUCCGUGACUUGUUGAGUCGGGCGGACGUACCCAGCCCGGCUCUGCAGCGGCGUGGAGACACCGUACGGAAAGACAGCGCGCAACGGAAAAAGCCCCCCUUCAAGAAGAGCAACAGCUGCAGCAUCUCGUAG